GAUGUUCACCAACCUUAAUGCAAAGACAUUGCUUAUUAAUAUUAUUUCCAUUGCACUGUACCUAGUCAAAGGCAUAAGCUUUCAAAUCUCACAGUUUCGUUCAUGGCAGCAGAAACGAUUACCAGUGCUCUUGUUUCUACUUUCCUCGUGAGGACUAUCGACACUUUGGCUUCCCGUUUUGUCCACAUAUUUCGUGCAAGAACACGUCAUAAGAAGCAACUCAGCAACUUGAAGAUGAAGCUCCUUGCCAUUGAUGUUGUGGCUUUUGAUGCAGAACAAAAGCAGUUCAAAGAUCCACGUGUCAGAGAUUGGCUUCUCAGGGCCAAAGAUGCUGUGUUUGAUGCAGAGGAUCUAUUAGAUGAAAUAGAUUAUGAACUCUCUAAAAGCCAAGAGGAAGCUGAGUCUCAGAGUGCUACUGAAAAGGUGUGGAAUUCACUCAAAUCUUCUUUUGUCAGUUUCUUUGAAAAUGAAAUUGAAUCCAGGAUGGAUCAAGUCAUUGAGGACCUAGAAAAUCUUGCAACCGAAAGCAAUAUUCUAGGUUUGGAAAAGGGUGGUGGUGUUGGGGUUGGAUCAGGAUCGGGUACUAAAUUAACAUAUACAUCUUUGCCCAAUGAAAGUGUCAUCUAUGGCAGAGAUAAUGACAAAGAAUUUGUCUUUAACUGGCUCAUAUCUGACACUCUCAACAAGUUAUCUAUACUUUCUAUUGUGGGCAUGGGUGGGAUGGGUAAGACCUCUCUUGCUCAACAUGUAUUCAAUGAUCCAAGGCUUGAGGAAGCUAAAUUUGAUACUAAAAUUUGGGUCAGUGUUCCAGAGGAAUUUGAUGUUCUCAAUGUAUCAAGAGUAAUUCUUGGUACAAUUACUGGUUCAACAGAUUAUAGUGUAGAGCAUGAACUGAUUCAGAGAAGACUGAAAGAAGAAUUGUCGGGGAAGAAAUUUCUUCUCAUUUUGGAUGACGUCUGGAACGAAAACCCAUUUAAAUGGAAAGAUGUGCAGAAGCCCCUGGUUUUCGGAAGCCAAGGCAGUAGAAUUCUUGUUACUACACGGAGUGAGAAGGUUGCUGAUGCCAUGCGAUCAGAAAAGCACCUCCUGCAGGUAUUAAAAGAAGAUUAUUGCUGGGACUUGUUCGCCAAACAAGCAUUCCAAGGCGCUAAUCCUCAACCAGAUCCAGACUUCAUAGAGAUUGGUAAGAAGAUAGUUGAAAAAUGUAAGGGACUUCCUUUAGCCUUGACAACAAUGGGAAGUCUAUUAUACAAUAAAUCAUCCCUUUAUGAAUGGAAAAGUAUUAUGAAAAGUGAGAUAUGGGAUUUUUCAGAAAAUGAAAGUGGUAUACUUCCUGCUUUAAGAUUAAGCUAUCUCCACCUUCCUUCUCAUAUGAAGAAAUGUUUUGCUUUUUGCGCCUUAUUUCCCAAACGUUAUCGCUUUGACAAGGAGAGCUUAAUUCAAUUGUGGAUGGCUGAAAAUUUUCUAGAAAGCCCUCUACAGAAAAAGAGUUCUAAAGAAGUUGGUGAGCAAUAUUUCAAUGAUUUGUUAUCUUGGUCUUUCUUUCAACAAGUAAGCAACGAAGAGGAAAAUUAUUUUAUCAUGCAUGACCUUCUAAAUGAUUUGGCAAAAUAUGUCUCUCAGGACAUAUGCAUCAGGUUACGAGUUGAUAAACCACAAGGUAUACCCAAAACAACCCGUCAUUGUUCAUUUUCAUACUCUGAAUUAGGUUUUAACGGGUUUGGGAGUUCGAUUGAUACUCAAAAGUUGCACACAUUUACGCCAAUAGAACGGGGUUGGGUUUGGGAUUGCAAGAUGUCGAUAGAUGACUUGUUCUCCAAAUUUAAGUUCAUACGUGUCAUAUCAUUGUCUCAUUAUCGUAACCUUACUGAGGUGCCUAAAUCUAUAGGAAAUCUUAAGCAUCUUCGUUCAUUAGAUUUAUCCUGGACUGAAAUAGAAAAACUACCUGAAUCAAUAAGUUUACUCUUCAAAUUGCAAAUACUGAAGCUAAACCAAUGUUAUAGAUUAAAGGAGCUUCCGUCAUGUUUACAUCAACUCGAUAAUUUACGUUGUCUUGAAUUAGAACAUGCUGGAGUGAAAAAUGUGGUAGCAUAUUUGGGAAAGCUGAAGAAUCCUCAAGUAUCGAUAAGUUCAUUUCAUGUUGAGAAAAGUAAGGAAAUCAAUAUUCGGCAAUUAGGAGAACUCAAUCUUCAUGGAUGUCUAACAAUUGAUGAUCUGCAGAAGAUUGAGAAUCCUUCAGAUGCAAUAGAAGUAGAUUUGAAGAACAAACCACACCUUGUAGGCCUACGGUUAAAAUGGAAUUUCAUUGACAACUCCUCUGUUGAUUCAGAAAAAGCUGAGGAUAUAAUUGAGAAUCUACAACCUUCAAAAUACUUGAAAGAGUUGUCAAUAAGUAACUAUAUUGGUAAACAAUUUCCAAAUUGGUUACUCGAUAAUUUAUUACCGAAUCUGGUGAACUUAGUGUUGGAGGGAUGUGAAUCUUGCCCACGGUUACCUCCGCUUGGACUUUUGCCAUUUCUCAAGGACUUGAGGAUGGAAGGACUUGAUGCGAUAGUGAAUAUUGAUGCUGAUUUUCAUGGGAACAACUCUUUUUCAUUUAAAUCCCUUCAAACGUUAUCUUUCUCUGAUAUGAGACAAUGGGAAAAGUGGGAAUGCCAAGCUGUGACAGGUGCUUUUCCAUGUCUACAACUUUUUUCCAUAAAAAAUUGUCCGAAGCUGAAAGGACACCUGCCAAAGUUCGUUGCUUUAGAAUCUCUACAUGUCUUUAACUGCAAACAACUUGAAGCUUUGAUUGUGAGUGCGGUAGAAUUACAUCUAGAAGAGUGUGGAACGCUGCAGUUGGAGCGGUCUACAAUGAAAAAGCUCACAACGGAUGGGCACGGCAUGGCAGCAUCAUUGGUUGCAAUGGCAGCAUCUCUUGAAAUCUUGUCCAUUUGUUCAGCUCUGGAGUCAAUAAGUGAUGACUGUGUCUCUCUAAGAAUCUUUCCACUAGAUUUCUUCCCAACACUCAGGAGCCUUAAGCUCAGUGGGUUUCCUAAUCUACAGAUGAUUUCACAGAAUCACGUUCACAAUCAUCUCCGGUAUCUGGAAAUCAAAGAGUGCCCAAGACUUGAGUUGUUCCCUGAGGGAGGUUUGCCAUCAAAUCUAAAGUACAUCCAACUCAAUAAUUGCUUUAGACUUGUUGGCUCACUGAAAAGAGCUUUCGGAGACAGUUCUUCGCUGGAAAGUUUAAGGAUUGAAAAAGUAGAGGCAGAAUGUUUUCCUGAUGAAGGUUUGCUUCCAUUCUCUCUCACUGAACUAAGAAUAUCUAAUAGUCCAAAUCUAAACAAACUAAACUACAAGGGUCUCUUAGAACUCUCAUCUCUUGAAUCACUGUAUCUUUGGAACUGUCCCAACCUCCAAUGCUUACCAGAGGAAGGUCUUCCCAAAUCAAUUUCACUUCUUGACAUACGCGCUUGUCCUUUGCUGGAACAACGUUACCAUGAAGGAGGCGAAGACAGAAAAAAUAUUGCUCACAUUCAAAACAUAUAUCUAUAUGGUAGUGAUGAUGUUAAUUUUGUUUAAUGGUACGAAAACUUUUAAUAGUGGUGUAUGAACUACAUUUCCUCUUUUUGGUAGUCCGGUCAUGUAACAAAUUAUACCUUCAUAAUUUUUUUUAACACUAUA